AUGGACGCAGUGGUGGCGCGAUCAGCGCUCCUGCUCGUUCCGCUGCUGCUGGUCUCGGGCGUGGGCGGGCUGGCGGCCGGCCGCAGGCCCAACGUCGUCGUCGUGGGCCGCCCGAACGUCGGCAAGUCGACGCUGGCCAACCGGAUCACGCAGCAGUACGCGGACGGCGCCAUCGUGCACGAUGAGGCUGGCGUGACGCGCGAUCGCACCUACGCGGACGGCUGGUGGGCCGCGCACGAGUUCACCGUCGUCGACACGGGCGGCCUCGUCUUUGAUGACGACGCGGAGCACGUCUUCAUGCCGCAGAUCCGGCAGCAGGCGAUCGUGGCGCUUCGCGACGCGGCGGUGGCGCUGCUCGUGGUGGACGGGCAGGCGGGCUGCACGCCCCUCGACACCGACAUCGCCGACUUCAUGCGGCGGCAGCGCGUCAAGUGCGUCCUCGCCGUCAACAAGUGCGAGAGCGAAAAGACGGGAGAGCUGCAGGCGGCCGACUUUUGGCAGCUGGGGAUGGGGACCCCGCACCCGGUCUCCGGCAUACACGGCACGGGGAUGGGGGAGCUGAUGGACGCGCUGACGGCGCCGCUGCCUCGGACGGCGCGCAAGCCAAACGUGGGCAAGUCCUCGCUGCUCAACCGGCUCACGCGCUCGGAGCGCGCCAUCGUCUCUGACAUCGCAGGCACGACGCGCGACGAUGUCAAGGUGGAUGGAAAGAGGUACCUCUUUCUCGACACCGCCGGCGUGCGGCGUGCGGCCCGCGUCGGCGGCGGUCGCGAUGCCGCCCUCGAGACGCUGAUGGUCCGGCGGGCGCUCAAGGCGGUCAAGCGCAGCGACGUGUGCCUGCUCGUCCUCGACGCGACCGACGGCGAGAGCCGCCUCGCCGAGUACGCCGCCGAGGCGGGCCGCGCCGUCGUGGUUGCCGUCAACAAGUGGGACGCCGUCUCCGCCAAGGACGACAAGAAGUACCGCGAGGCCAAGCGGCUGAUGGCGUCGGGGCUGCCCGCCCUCGCGACGGGCGGCACGCCGUGGGCCGACUUCCUCUUUGUCUCGGCCAAGACGGGCCUCAAGGCGUCCUCGCUCUUUGGCGCGCUCGACCGCGCCUCGGCGACGCACCGCCGCAGGAUCAAGACGGCGGUGCUCAACGAGGUGCUCGAGGAUGCCGUGCGGUGGCAGAGGCCUCCCUCCACCUCCACCGGCCGCCAGGGCGCGGUCUACUAUUGCGCGCAGGUCUCGGUGCGGCCCCCGACGGUGGUCAUCUUUGUCAACGACCCCGACCUCUUCUCGCAGAGCUACCGCCGCUACCUCGAGUCCGCGCUGCGCAAGGCGCUCGGCUUCCAGGGCACGCCCCUCCGGAUGCUCUUUCGGGCGCGCCGCGCGCGUGAGCCGGGCGCCGGGCGGGACUGA